GUCCGCAGAAGGACCCGCUGGGUCACCGCCCCCAUUUCUCCGCCGCUAGAGUUUCAAGAGCGAACUUCUGUCGCGGCUGAGCACCUUCGUUGCAUUAGCUCGAUGCUUCCGCACCAACAUUUCCUUCAUCAGUUUAGCGCGCACCUAUGGAUAUCAUCUUACUAUGUUGCAACUGGGGGCGAGGACACAGCUGCCCAAUGGUAUCCACGCCUGUUCGAAGUUUGAUUCCAUGACUGCUAUUUUGAGACAGCUCGGACUGCAGCCAGUGGUUGGUGCAAGGUGAUCUAAACAGGAGCUAAAUGCCGAAGGGAGGAGGGGGGACCCCAGUCGCGUACAAUUCCAUGCAGCAUUACGGAGUAGAAGGGUUAUAUAUAGACGAGAGGCCGAUCCUUUGCGACGGGUCCUCCGCCAUCUCUGAAGGUAAUCCACCAUGUGUGGAUCUUGAGACCACGUCGAAUGCUCUUGAAUACGCCUUUCGCACGGGCUUUCUGUCGACGGUGACAGCACUGGGACGGCCUCUCCCUGUCACUGCGCAGCGACUUUCUUCCCCGAAAUGGUUUGAGCCAUGCCAUCUUCCCCACUACAGAUCGCUGGGUCGCAACGCGCACCAUACGCGUCGUCGACAACCUCACGAUUGUCCUCCCCGACACAUUCUUUCCUUUGAAGUAGGCAUCGAGGCAGAUUCAGACCACAUCGGUAGAGGGUUGUUGUUUGCGAUGAGGUUAUCGAUGCAAAUGAACGGGUUUUGCGGAACAGUUCAUGUGCAGGACCAUGCGACCGUGGGCGCUAUAUAAUUCCGACCGUCAUAGUUGGCUCUCACUAGGAGUGUCUGUGACAAGCAUGGCAAGUUAAUGAAAGGAAUAUCUAUCAAUGAUGUGGAGUAACUGUAUAUUUCGCGUAG